AAAUGCUUGCCAACCACCGGAAAUCUCCUGGAAUUUAUUAGAAAAUAAUGGAUUAUAAAAAGAAGGCAGGCGAAGAACGGAUCUUCCCUUGAGUUGCAACCCGAUUUGCUGCUGGCUCAGUUUGUUGUGAUUCUUUUUGUUGAUAGGUGUCUGAUGGUAUUCUGAUAACACCCCCCUUUUUUCCCCUCGAGCUUUACAGUUUAAAAAAAGGAAACAACAACAACAAAAAAAAAACCACCCCAAAAUCUCUCCCCCUUUUUUUCGCCCGGUCGGGAUCGCUGUUUCCAUCCAUGUGCUUGCGUCUCCCCCGCGUUCCACUUAAACUAUUUUAAUCCUUGGACCCAAGGAGGAGGCUGAUAGGGGGUGGAUAAAAAAAGUUCUUCCAAAAUAGUGUGCCCGGGGAGCAGGAUGGGGGAUUUCGCAGCCCCCGCUGCUGCCGCGAAUGGCAGUAGUAUUUGCAUCAACAGUAGCCUGAACAGCAGCCUCGGCGGGGCCGGGAUCGGUGUGAAUAAUACUCCCAAUAGUACUCCCGCUGCUUCGAGUAGCAAUCACCCCGCUGCCAGCGGCGGCGGCGGCGGCGGCGGAUCGGCGGCCGUCCCCAAGCACAGCACGGUGGUGGAGCGGCUCCGCCAGCGCAUCGAGGGCUGCCGGCGGCACCACGUCAACUGCGAGAACAGGUACCAGCAGGCUCAGGUGGAGCAGCUAGAGCUGGAGCGCCGGGACACCGUGAGCCUCUACCAGCGGACCCUGGAGCAGAGGGCCAAGAAAUCGGGCGCCGGCACGGGCAAGCAACCACACCAGAGCAAACCCCAGCAAGAUGCGGAGGCUGCCUCGGCGGAGCAGAGGAACCACACGCUGAUCAUGCUCCAGGAGACUGUGAAAAGGAAGUUGGAAGGAGCCCGAUCACCACUUAAUGGAGACCAGCAGAAUGGUGCUUGUGAUGGGAGUUUUUCUCCAACCAGCAAGCGAAUACGCAAGGACAUUCCUACCGGGAUGGAAGCCAUCAACAAUCUGCCCAAAAAUAUGCCACUGCCUUCAGCUUCUCCUCUUCACCAACUUGACCUGAAGCCUUCUUUGCCCUUGCAGAAUAGUGGGGCUCACACUCCUGGGCUUCUGGAAGAUCUGAGUAAGAAUGGGAGACUCCCAGAACUUAAAAUUCACGUGAACGGUUGCAGUGACCUGGAGGACAGCUUCACCAUCUUGCAGAGCAAGGACCUCAAACAAGAACCUCUAGACGACCCUACUUGCAUAGACACAUCAGAAACGUCUCUUUCGAAUCAGAACAAGCUGUUCUCAGACAUUAACCUGAAUGACCAGGAGUGGCAGGAAUUAAUAGAUGAACUGGCCAACACGGUUCCUGAAGAUGACAUACAGGACCUGUUCAACGAAGACUUUGAAGAGAAGAGGGAACCAGAAUUCUCGCAGCCGGCCACGGAGACCCCCGUCUCCCAGGAGAGCUCCAGCGUGAAGAGUGACCCAUCUCACUCUCCUUUUGCACACGUCUCCAUGGGCUCCCCCCAGGCCCGGCCUUCUUCUUCUGGUCCUCCCUUUUCUACUGUCUCCACGGCCACCAAUUUACCUUCCGUGGCCAGCACUCCCGCGGCCCCCAACCCUGCCAGCUCGCCAGCACACUGUGCUGUCCAGUCCCCUCAAACUCCAAACCAAGCCCACACCCCGGGCCAGGCUCCACCUCGGCCUGGAAAUGGUUAUCUCCUGAAUCCGGCCGCCGUGCCAGUGGCUGGUUCGGGGUCGGGGCCUGGUGCUGUGCCCGGCUCUGAGCUGUCUCCGGCCGAGCAACUCAAGCAGAUGGCAGCCCAGCAACAGCAAAGGGCCAAACUCAUGCCGCAGAAGCAGCAGCGCUCACAUCAGACCGCAAGUUGGUCUCCUUUAGGGCCUCCAUCCAGCCCCUACGGAGCAGCUUUCUCGGCGGAAAAACCAAAUAGCCCAAUGAUGUACCCCCAAGCCUUUAACAACCAAAAUCCUAUAGUGCCUCCGAUGGCCAACAACCUGCAGAAGACGACAAUGAAUAACUACCUCCCUCAGAAUCACCUGAACAUGAUCAAUCAGCAGCCAAAUAACCUGGGUGCAAACCCCUCAAACAAACAGCACGGUAUUCUUACUUACGGCAACACUAAGCCUCUGACCCAUUUUAAUGCAGACUUGAGUCAGAGGAUGACGCCCCCGAUGGGCAACCCCGGCAAAAGCCCGCUGAUGCCCUACAUCCAGCAGCAGCCCCCACAGCAACCCCCGCCACCGCAGCCGCUGCCACAGCUCCAGGCCCCCAGGGCACACCUGAGUGAGGGCCAGAAGCGCAUGCUUCUCAUCAAGCAGAAGGGAGUGAUGAAUCAGCCCGUGGCUUACCCGGCGCUUCCAUCCCACGGUCAGGAGCAGCAUCCGGUCGGGCUUCCCCGGGCCGCGGGCCCCAUGCAGUCCUCCGUGCCCCCGGGCUCAGGCGGCAUGGUCUCCGGAGCCGGUCCAGCGGGGCCCAGCUUCCUGGGCGGCCAGCCCCAGGCAGCCCUCGUGAAGCAGAUGCUCCUGGACCAGCGGGCCCAGCUGAUAGAGCAGCAGAGGCGGCAAAUGCUGGCAGAGCAGCAGCUGCAGCCGCCACAGCUACCCCGGCAGCACCUCCAGCGGCCGCGCAACCCGUACCCAGUGCAGCAGGUCGCCCAGUUUCAAGGGUCUCCCCAGGACGUAGCAGCCGUGAGAAGUCAGGCGGCCCUCCAGAGCAUGCGAACUUCACGGUUGAUGGCACAGAACGCAGGCAUGAUGGGAAUGGGAGCCUCCCAGAACCCAGGGACAAUGGCCACAGCAGCCCAGUCGGAGAUGGGACUGGCCCCUUACAGCACCCCACCUGCCAGCCAACCGGGAAUGUACAAUAUGAGCACAGGAAUGACCCAGAUGUUGCAGCACCCAAACCAAAGUGGCAUGAGUAUCACACACAGCCAAGCCCAGGGGCCGAGGCAGCCCACCUCGGGCCAAGGGGUUGGGAUGGUGAGUGGUUUUGGUCAGAGCAUGCUGGUGAACUCGGCCAUUACCCAGCAGCACCAGCAAAUGAAGGGGCCGGUCGGCCAGGCCUUGCCCAGGCCCCAGGGCCCGCCGAGGCUGCAAAGCAUUAUGGGAACGGUCCAGCAGGGAACACAGAGCUGGCAACAGAGGAGCCUACAGGGGAUGCCUGGGAGGACUAGUGGAGAAUUAGCAUCAUUCAACAACGGCGCCAGCUACCCACUGCAAGCUGGCCAACCGAGGCUGACCAAGCAACACUUCCCACAGGGACUGAGCCAGGUGGUGGAUGCGGACACUGGCACAGUGAGAACCCUCAACCCAGCUGCCAUGGGUCGGCAGAUGAUGCCACCGCUCCCGGGGCAGCAAGGCACCAGCCAGGCCAGGCCCAUGGUCAUGUCUGGCCUAAGCCAGGGCAUUCCCAGCAUGCCAGCAUUCAGCCAGCCCCCGGCACAGCAGCAGAUGUCCAGUGGCGGUUUUGCCUCAAGCAGCCAGAGCCAAGGCUACGAGCGGAACCCCCCUCAGGACAUGUCAUACAAUUACAGUGGCGACGCAGCUGGGGCAUCCUUCCCCAGCCUCUCGGACAGUGCCGAUCUCGUGGACGCCAUCAUCAAAGGUGGGCCAGGGGAUGAGUGGAUGCAGGAGCUCGAUGAAUUGUUCGGAAACCCCUAGUCAAGAGGGGCCCGGCAGCCACAACCCUAGUGGUUAAAGCUUCAACCGUGAAAAAGAAACAGGAUGUUGCCUCAUCCUUGUUUUUUCGUUUAUUUGACCUGCGUAAUCUGAGCAAAACUGCAGCUGGCUGACAGUGGAAGAUCCAGGUGCCAAUCCACAGCCCCACUGGGCCUCAUUUCACCUGAUUUUCACACAGCAAUCAAGACAGAUGCCCUGCGAAUCCCGCUGCGAGAGAGGGGGACGCACCAGAGACAGGUGGGGAAGAUGCUUCUAUAGCCCCUCUGCUUGGCCCUCCCUGUGAUCGUCCGGCCCAGCAAGAGCCGCUCUGGCCAAGACAGACUGCUGCCCGACGUGAGGUGGCCGUCAGCCCCUCCUGGCCCUGGUCCAGAGUCUGUAGCUUUGGAGACACAAAGGAGAGAGAGCCUGGGACUGAGAGUCCCAUGGAGCCUGCUGGGUGGUGGCACAAGCCAAGAGCACACGUCAGAAGCGCGCUGAACUCCGGCUACAAAGAGAUGUCAGGCCUCAAGACAUGCUAUUGGGUCUGGAGGGUAGGUGCAAAGAACAGUGAGAUGUCACAGGAAGACACAGGAUCCUACAGGGCUGUCUCCUGCCCGUGAUGACCCUCAGGAAUUUUAGAGCCAUUGCCUCACAGGGUGAGCUUGGAGAAGGGUCCUGGCAGUCCUGGGCGGGCAGCCCUCUGCUGGUGACCGGGGUGGCCGUCACUCUGGGGAGUUGAGCUGGAGCCUCCUGAGGACCUGAUAGGACCCAGUAUAUCUUGGCAGUUCCCAUCUACUCCCGGAGGCCGAGGAUGGAGAGGCCCAGGCUGGACGCUGUGUGUCCGCUAGCACAUCCGCCUUUCUCCCCGGUCCCUGCCCUUAUUCCUCCUCGCCUCUACCCCAGCCUGCCCUUGCUCCUCCUUGCAGACUAGCCAAGAAGAAAUGAAGCUUUUGUGUUUAGGGAGUCCGGGCAGAGGGAAAAUAGGUGCAAGAAGAACUUAGACAAUGCCUGAAAUGCAACGGUGACACUGGAGUUUUCUUUCUCUGCCUGGAACUGAGCGGGCCACUCGAUGCUUCUGGGACACCAGGGAGGACUGGCCUGGACAUCACUGGCUCUGGCUCCCUUUGGGAAAAUCCUAGGGGUGAGGCUCUAAAAUCAGCCUGGCCCUUCAUCCCUACUCACCAGAAAGACAAAUCUCAAACCCUGAAAGUUGAGGAACUGAAAAAUCAAUUGCUCCACUUCACACAUUUUGAUGACAACGAAAAGGAAGCAGGUAUGGUUCCUUUCCUGUGGGCAAAGUGAUCCACUCCUGAAGUUCUGUACAGUCGUUCUCUUUGUAAUUCACUCAAAUCUGCCCUAACUGAAGUCUGUCUGAAGGGAUCCACAGCCUCCACUGUCGUAAAGCUGAUCUCAUCCGUCCUUUCCUCCCCUCCCACUGUCAUGUUUUGGAGGCCGCGUGGCAUAACCAUUGUCCUAAGUGAGUGAGAGUGGCGUGAGCUUUCCUCCCGCCACCCCCUCCCUCCGCGUCCAAAAGGCAGGCUCCCUUCUGCGCACUCACGUGUUAACUCGCCACACCAGAGCCCCAGCCCAGCCACGGGAGCCGGACUGGCUGCUCUGGGGGCGGGUCCUGGGAAGGAAGGGGGUUCGAAAUGAAGAGCUGGGGCAGAGGGUGCAGAGAGGCGGCAGGCAGGCAAACACUGCCCUUGACUUGCUCGCCAAGUACCAAGGUCAUAGCCCUACUCAGCCAGGGGCAGGAUGGAGAACAAGUGGGCCACCCCUGGGAAGAGGUGCUGGGUGGCAGGCUGACUGUGAACGCCCUGUGUGGGGAGGGGCACUGCCAGGGAAACUUUUGGGUGGAAACAGAUGAAAACCAAAAACGAACAGAAGAAAGUAAACAAAUGAGAAGACACAGAAUAUAUAAUUACCUUUUUCUGAAAGGUACAGGAAAUAAAUGUAUAAGAAAUGAUGAGAAACUGGAGGUGGCUGAUGGAGGGGGAGGGGCGCUCCAUGCUCUUUUUAAAGCUUCCUCCAAAUGCUCAGUACUGGGACCAACGACAUAGAGAGGUAGAUUUUAACAAGGUGGUUUUGUUUUGUUUUUGUUUUUACUACGGUGCUGAUGUAUAUGUAAUGUCUAAAAAAAGUUAUUUGUAAAUAAGUUUUUACAAUAUGACAGAUAUCACUGGGUCUACUAUCUGUAAAAAAAUAUACAUAUAAAUAUAUAUAUACUGUUUGUUUAAAAUAGAGUAUUUUUAUUUCAUUCCUUAACUCAUCAUCCCAGCAGUGGUAUUGCACUUCAGAUGACAUCAUAUUACUAAUUUGUACUGUAUGACCUAUGGCAACUUCCUCCAUUUGA